UUAAUGACUAUUUCAGUGACCCUUAGAAGAAAUGGACAGAAAGUUCAUAAGAAGCAUUAAAAGCGCUGGGAGGACAGAUGGAAGGCAGUCACGUGGUAGCGAAGAAGUUACAACAAAUGGUGGAAUUGUUGUUGCAGCUAUUGACUUUGGAACAACCAACUCUGGUUACGCGUUUUCGUUUAAACAUGAAUUCGGAACUGACCCUCUGAGAAUUCAUGUCGCUCAAGGUCAAAUGAAUGCGAAGCAGCCAACAUGCUUAUUGUUGACACCAAAAAAGGCUUUAGAUUCUUUCGGCCAUGAGGCAAAGGCAAAAUAUCUAGCACUUUCUAACGAAGGCAAGCACGAAAAAUGGUAUUUCUUCUGGGAAUUCAAAAUGACUCUCCAUCAACAUAAGGAAAUACAUGGUAACUAUAAGCUGACUGCCGAAAAUGGGCUUAAAAUGGACGCACUGACAGUUUUCAGUUUAUCCAUAAAGUAUCUGAAGGACCAUUUGCUGGGAAUGCUAAAGGGUAGCUUUUCGGGAGUAGAAGAGAAAGAUAUCACGUGGGUCAUUACCGUUCCCGCCAUUUGGAACGAUUCUGCAAAAAAGUUUAUGCGAAAAGCUGCUGAAAAGGCUGGUAUUGAGAAGAGUUGUAUUGAGAUAGCUCUGGAACCGGAAGCUGCGUCGAUCUACUGUCGUCAACUUCCGAUAACACGUGAUCCCCAAACAGAAACAGGCAUGACAAAGUUUCCAGCAGGAACACGCUAUCUUAUUCUGGACUGUGGAGGUGGUACAGUUGAUGUGACAGUACACGAAGUACUUGAAGGCAACAGUUUGAAGGAACUUCACAGUGCAACUGGCGGAAAUUGGGGAGGAACAGUUGUGAACAAAGCCUUUGUUAGCUUUGUAUCUCAUCUUGUAGGACCUGUAGUUUUCCAAGAAUUCUCCAGUAAAUUCAAGUCUGACUAUCUGGAAAUGCUCGACGAAUUUGAGAACAAGAAAAAAAUGACCAAACCUGAUUCCAUGGAAACCGUCACGAUAAGGAUUCCAAUCCAGUUACAGGAUAUGUUUUAUAAGUCUGCAAACACAUCGUUGAAUGACCAAGCGUUAAAAACAAAGUACAAAAGUAAAAUUAAGAUCGUUGGGGAUAAGAUAAGAAUUGAUGCUGCAGUGUUUAAAUCGUUCUUCGACGGUGCUGUUGCAGAUAUAAUUGCACAUGUUCGAGAUUUAGUUGAUUCUCUUCCACGACCGGUAAAGGCCAUCUUAAUGGUUGGUGGAUUUUCAGAGUCCCCAGUUCUUCAGAGGGCUGUUAAAGAUGCCUUCCAGAGAAAAGUUGAUGUGAUUACACCGGUUGACGCAAGUCUCUGUAUUAUGAAAGGCGCUGUUUUGUUUGGCCACCAACCUUCUAAAAUCACAGAAAGAAUAUGUCGCUUUACUUACGGCGUAGCAAUGGUGGUACCCUUUGUAAAUGGAAAACAUCCCGAAAGUAAAAAGAUAACGGUAGAUGGGCAGAAUCUGUGUAAUGAUGUCUUCGAUAAGCAUGUCCAGGCUGGACAAACCGUUGUCACUGGUGAGACCCAGAAGACAUGCACAUAUUUUCCAUUGUCUGAAAAAGAUCAAGUCUAUGCAGUUGUGGUAUUUAAGUCAACAAAACCAGAUCCCAUGUUUGUUGAUGAGCCUGGAUGCGAGUGUGUUGGAUUUUACAUGGUGGAGAGAGAAUCUGGUAGAAGAAAUGACUCUGUCGAUGUUCGGAUCAGUUUUGGCAGUUCAGAUAUCGUUGUUGAAACAAUUAAACGUGACGGAAGUGUACAUAAAGCUGACUUCAGUAUGGAUUAAAUUAUGUUUAUAAAUUGAACAUGUUUGUAUGUAUCAUUGUAUGUGCGUGCGCGUGCGUGCUUUUGUGCAUGUUUGCGCAUGCAUUCGUGUAUGUAUGUAUGUGAUCUUUACUAUUACUUGUAAUGGCUUAACAAUGUUUAUCUAAAGGUCACUGACCUCACUUCGAAAAUUCUACAGUGUAAUGAUUUUUUCUGUUUGCAAUUUUCUGUGCCCUAUCAUUUGUCUCAAAGUAUGAAAGAUCAAAUACAUUAGUGUUCUUGACUGAAAAUGCAUAUCAAGUAAAAGCAAUUAAAUUCGCUUUGGGCUGAAAAUAAUUAUCAAAAAUGACACAUCUUGUUUAACUGAAAAUGACAACCAAAUGAAAAGGAUCAAAUAUGUUUUUGUAUGAAAAGUGAGUAUCACGAGUCCAAAGAUCGAAUGCGUUUUUGUCUAAAAAUCACGUGUAUACAAUCAUGAUGUUAUUUUGGAUUAAAGUUGCUGUUACUAGUUGUCAUGCUUAAAGGAUUCGACUGACUAUGUGUUUGUCAAGUGUUAAGGAUAAUAUGU